AUGCUGCUGGGCACCAUCCGCAACCGGGUGGCCAACCGGCGCAACAACGCCGUCGCCAAUGCCUCCGACUCCGACUCCGACAGCGAGUACACUCAGCCACUCUCUGGCGAGACCACCCCAGACACCUCCUCCACUCAGGACUGCGCCUCGUCGGCCGCCACGACCGGCGCCCUGGAGGAGCUCUGGGCCAUUGGCGCCGACCCCGGGGACAGUGGGCUCCUCGAUGGCGAGGAGGAUUCCUCCUCCUACUCCGACCACCCGGAGGGCGGGCUUUGCUCGACGACCGUGGCCACCCCGCCCGGGUCGCCCACCUUCGCCACCCGGCCCAAUGGCGGCGAGCCGACCCUCCGGGCCGAGUCCACCUCCAUGCUGGCCUUGGAUCGGGCCUACCGCAAGCUGAGCUUCGACUCGUCGUCCGAUUCGGAGCCCUCGCGCCAGCGCUCCCACCGCCGGGCGGCCGCGCACUUCUCCUCGGUGCCGCCCUCGCCCACCAGUGGCGGCGCCCCGGGCCUGGCGGGAAUCACCGACACCGGGUCCCUUCCCCGGUCGCUGGCCGAGUCCCGGUCGGACUCCCUCUCGCUGGAUGAUGUCCUCGGCCGGUCGGACCUGCGUACUGCUCUGCGGGUUUUCGCCGGCACCGAGUUCGCCGAGGAGAAUGUCUUCUUCCUGGAGGAGUUGGCCCUGCUCAAGCGCUUCCCCGAGUGGCGCCUUGUCCAGGAGAUCCUCAAUGACUACAUUCGCAGCGAGUCGCCCCUGGCCCUGAACAUCGAGCACCGGACGCGCGAGCGCAUCAUCGAAGCCGCCACGGCCCUCACCCCGGAGAUCAUCAAGGCCAUGCCCAAGAACCAGCCGAUCACGCUGUUCGACCCGGCCGCGCGCGAAGUUCGCUCCCUGAUUGAGACCAACAUCCUGCCCAAGUUCAAGCAUGCCCUGUCGCGCGUGAACAUCGCCCCGACCCUCUCAGUUGUUCCCCCCAAUGCCCGGAGGGUCGUGAUUGUCGGCGGCGGCAUCCUCGGGGCCUUCUGUGCCCGGCUGCUGGAUGCCAUGCCUCGCUUCCAUGUGACCCUGGUCGACACGAAGGAGUACUUCGAGCUGACCCCAUCCAUCACCACGGUCAUGGCCAACCCCUCGCUGGUGGAGAACCAUCGGUUUUUGCAUACCUCCUACGUGCGCAACGGCCGGGUGGUCAUCGGGUAUGCCACGGAGGUGUGCCACCGCCAGGUCCGCGCCGAUGGCCAGUCCAUCCCCUAUGACUAUUUGGUCAUUGCCACCGGGGCCACCUACAAUUCGCAGAUCCGCGGCAACAAUGUCACCACCUCCUACCGGACGAAGAAGCUGAAUGCGGAUUUCCGGUCGCUGGAGCAGUCCCGCUCGGUGCUCAUCAUCGGUGGUGGGUCGGUGGGCGUGGAGCUGGCCGCCGAAUUUGCCGAGCGCUUCCCCACCAAGCACAUUAUGCUGGUCAGCAGCAGCCCCUUCCUCCUUCGGCGUCUUCCCAAGAAGGCCCACCGUUUGGUGGCUCCCUACCUGGAGUCCCUCGGGGUGGAGCUCAUCCUCGGCGAGCGGGUGGUCAACCUGGACACCACCGGUCGGCGCAUGGAGACCGACACCGGGCGCAUCAUCGAGUGUGACAAGUUCUACCUUGCCACGGGUCAAGUCCCGCAGACUCGCUUCCUCAAGGCCCACUUCAGCAACCUCCUGGACACCACGGGCUUCAUUCGGACGCGGCCCACCCUGCAGGUGUUUGGCUUUGAUCACAUCUUCACCGGUGGCGAUGUGGCCAAUCUCAAGGUGGAGAAGUUGGCCUUUGCCGCGGCCUCACAUGGCGUCUCCAUCGCGCGGAACAUCUGCCGGAUUGAGAAGGGCCGCGCCCCGCUGGUCAUCGGCACCAAGGGCACCGCCGCCUCCCCGGGGAAGCCCAUUGCCCAGGUGGUGUCCCUGGGCCAGAGCAGUGGCCUCUUUGCCAUGCGCGGGUCCUACAUCGCCAUCGGCAUGCGGUAUCUCAACCUGAAGAAGAACUUCGAGCGGGACAUGAUGCUCAUGAUCCAGGGCCGGGCGCCGAUCAGCGCCCUGCUGGGCAAGGUUCCCUCUGUGCUGCCGGCUGCCACCAAGCCCAUGGAGAAACGCCCCCGGUUCUAA